GAAUGAAUGGCGCGAUAACUCCGACACCGUAUGUGCUAAGCCAGGACCCGUACACGGUCGGCAUACAGCUAGCAGCAGGCCCUACAGUAAUUCACCCUCAGUAUUAUAGUGUACAAACACCAUGGGGCAUUUACCCUGCUAACAUCAUCCCCACCCAGGGGCAACAGACUCCACAGGGAAUUCAGCAGAUGAGAGGAGGGUCAGGUCGCCUGACGCCGUCUGGGCAAAGCGACUCUGGCACGCCCAUGCAACAGCAGUUGCCUGCACAAGGAGCACAAUAUCAGAUUCUGGCUCCAGCCUAUUAUGAUCAGAACGGUCAGCUAGUUAUGGGCAAUCCAAGAGGUAUGGGUGGUGCCUCUAUGAGGCUAGUAUCUCCAGCACCUGUUCUUGUUUCCGCUGGUAAUCAGCAAGGUGGCGCCCCGAAUAUUGGCAGUAAUCCGCUACGGCUACUCACAACCCAACCACAGCAGAUGCCCACGACCCCACCCAUUUUCUCAAGUAGCAAUAGUAACACACCACAAAACUCACUUGGAUACAGCCAGUCGAGUAGCAUGGGUUACACACAAGUUUCUUCUAGUCUUUUCACACCAAUCAGUACCGGUCUCAAUCAACAGAGUAACUAUGGUAACAGUGGCCUUGGAGGUCUUGGAUCCAGCAUGCAGGGGUCCAUAGGAUCCAGUGACUUUGGCCUAGGAAGUGGUCAGAGACGUGACUCCUUGGACUUCAAGGCACGGCAGAUGACCCCUAUCAAUCAGUAUUAUGGUUCCCUGGGCAACCUUGGUUCACCUGCUGGACCUAUGGGUCUUGUUCAACCUGGACAGUCCAUGACUCCACCCCUUUCUGGUCUCGGUAAUGGGGGAAGGCUGUAUAAUGCGGCCCCAGGAGCCGAGGCUAAAUUUCGUAGUGGAUCUGUAGGAGCAACCAGCAUGUUUGGUUCUCUGUUCCCUGGCAGGACCAUGCAGUCGAGAAGGUUUGUUGUUCUUUAA